UUUAUGAAAAGUCUUGCCCUCUUGAGGAAUUUCUAGGAAGGAAAAAAAAGUAAUAAACCUGUUAUUCCAGUUAAAGCUCACAUUCGUCAAAGUUUUCUGUCCUCGUUAAUGCUUCUUCUCAUCUUGAGAUAUUCUCUACAUAUUUCCCUGAUUUAGUUAGAAGCUUCACUGUUGCUCUUCUUCUCUACCAAAUUAUUAGCAUGUCAUAUUUAAAAGUAAAACUCUCAUUGUUUGGUCACCUAAUGCUCACUUUUGUUUUAUUUCUGAUUCUAUUCCCCGGUGCUUCUGUUGCUAGGCAUCCUUUUAACCAGGACUGCGGCUCUACUUUCUGUGGGAAUUUGAAUAUCAGUUUUCCAUUCCGAUUAAAAAACCAACCUCCCCAGUGUGGUUGCCAUGACCUGGAACUUGAGUGUGAGAAUAACAACCACACCUCUUUGGUCUUGAGAGAAGGAAAAUUCUCUGUCCAAAAUAUUUUUUACGAAAAUGAAACAAUCCAAGUGGUGGAUUCAAGCCUGGACAAGAAUGAUUGCAACUCCCUUCCUCUCAGUUCAGUGUAUUUCAAUUAUUCAGAUGGAUAUUAUAUUUUUUCUCCUCAUUAUUAUACUCCUCCUCAUUGGAGUUAUUUUUUUUCUCAUCUUUAUUAUACUUAUUAUUAUAAUACUGAUUAUCUUAGUACUUAUCAUUAUAAUACUUAUUCCUCUUAUAAUAAUAAAAGAGAGUCACAGCCUAGCAUUAUGAAUGUUGUGAAUUGCACGAAACUUAUAAGAUCAUCUCAAUAUAUCGAUGCCUCUCGUUGUACCACCAAAUCCAAUACCUCUUCCCCUCCAACUUCUUUUUUCUAUUUUUUAGAUGAAAAUACAGUGCUAAAUCUCAAUCAAGCUUGCACAGUGGAAGCGGUGGUUCCAAUUAUGGUUAAGAAUAUAUCAGGCAUGUCUACGUUGGCUAUCUACAACAAGCUAUCUGAGGGUUUUUACCUUUCAUGGAAUUACCGCCGGAGCGACAGAGUUAAUCUAUGGGAUUAUGUAAUUUCUGACAUUUUGUCUUCGAUCAUCGGUAACGGAAUAGUUAUAAUAGGUAUUUCCAUCAUACUGAGGCCCUUCUUUGGGAUACCUUGUUUGCUUGUGCUUGUAAUCUAUAAAUGGAGCAGAAGACAUUUAUCCAUGGAUGAUAAGAUUGAAGAGUUCCUUCAAAGCCACAAUCUAGCUCCAAUUAGAUACUCUUUCAAACAAGUUAAAAAAAUGACUAAAAAUUUUAAAGAUAAAUUAGGUGAAGGGGGUUAUGGUUCGGUGUUUAAAGGAAAGCUUUGUAGUGGACAUCAUGUGGCAAUAAAAUUGUUGUGCACAUCAAAGGGUAAAGGCGAAGAUUUCAUAAAUGAAGUUGCUUCUAUCGGAAGAAUUCAUCAUGCUAAUGUGACCAAACUUAUUGGAUUUUGUGUGGAGGGAUCAAAACAAGCUCUUGUGUAUGAUUUCAUGUCAAAUGGAUCGUUAGAUAAAAUCAUAUUUUCUGAAGAAAAAAGGAACACUUUAGGUUGGAAAAAACUAUUUGAUAUUGUGCUUGGGGUUGCUCAAGGAAUCGACUACUUGCAUCAAGGAUGUGACAUGCAAAUUUUACAUUUUGAUAUCAAGCCACACAACAUUCUUUUGGACGAGAACUUUAACCCAAAAGUUUCAGAUUUUGGUCUUGCUAAGUUGUACUCAGUAGAUGAUAACAUUGUCUCUCUCACUGCAGCACGAGGAACAAUAGGGUAUAUUGCUCCUGAAUUGGUUUACAAAAAUCUUGGAGGCAUUUCAUAUAAAGCUGAUGUUUAUAGUUUUGGAAUGUUGGUGCUAGAAAUGGUAGGAAGGAGAAAGAAUUUGAAUGCAUUUGCCAACCACACUAGCCAAAUAUAUUUUCCAUCUUGGAUUUAUGACCGGUUAGAUCAAGGAGAGGACAUGGAGCUGGGAGAUAUUUCUGAUGAUGAAAAAGUAAUGAUAAGGAAGAUGAUAAUAACAGCCUUUUGGUGUAUACAAUUAUUGCCUUCUGAUCGUCCUUCGAUGAAUAAAGUGUUAAAGAUGCUUGAAUCCAAUGUCGAACUCCUUGAGAUGCCUCCAAAGCCAUUUCAUCAACUUCCUCUUGAAACAUCAACGGACAUUCAUAGCUGUGAGAACUCUAAUUAAUGACGAGGAAAGUGGGUCAUUGGAUGUUGUUACUAUAACCAGUUUUAAUGUCGUUUAAGAUUGGAAACAUUUCCUGACAUUAUCUUACCUUUGUAGCUUUAUAUAAUUUUUUCCUUUCGUAUGUAUUAGUAUCUUGUGUGUGUAUUGCAUAUGUACAUAAAUUAUUUAAAAAUAAAUGUUGUUUUGAUUUUAAAUAAAUAAUAUUGAAGUGAUACUUUGUAGGA